AUGGAGCUGCUGAGGCUGAACCGGAGCAUGCCAGCAGCAGCACCGGGAGCUGGGCCAGGGGCUGCCCUCUGCCGCCCCGGGGUCCCCCUCCUCAACAGCAGCGACACCGGCAACCUCAGCUGCCAGCCGCCUGCCGCCCGAGGAAACGGGACACGAGAACUGGAGCUCGCCAUUAGGGUCACCCUCUAUGCAGUGAUCUUUCUGAUGAGCGUUGGAGGAAAUGUGCUCAUCAUUGUGGUCCUGGGACUGAGCCGCCGCUUGAGGACCGUCACCAACACCUUCCUGCUCUCCCUGGCGGUCAGCGACCUCCUCCUGGCUGUGGCCUGCAUGCCCUUCACCCUCCUGCCCAAUCUCAUGGGCACAUUCAUCUUCGGCACAGUCGUCUGCAAGGCGGUGGCUUACCUCAUGGGCGUGUCAGUAAGUGUGUCCACGUUAAGCCUGGUGGCCAUCGCCUUGGAGAGGUACAGCGCCAUCUGCCGACCGCUGCAGGCUCGCGUGUGGCAGACACGCUCCCACGCUGCUCGUGUGAUCGUAGCCACGUGGAUGCUGGCGGGGCUGCUCAUGGUGCCCUACCCCAUAUACACCGUCGUGCAGCCGGUGGGGCCCCGAGUACUGCAGUGCGUGCAUCGCUGGCCCAGUGCGAGGGUUCGCCAAACCUGGUCGGUACUGCUGCUCCUGCUUUUGUUCUUCAUCCCGGGUGUGGUUAUGGCCGUGGCCUAUGGGCUUAUUUCCCGCGAACUCUACUUAGGGCUUCGCUUUGAUGGCGACAAUGACAAUGAGAGCCAGAGCCAUGCCCGAAGCCCAGGAGGGUUGCCGGCUGGGGCGGGACCAGGUGCUGCCCUACAGAACGGGCGCUGCCGGCUGGAGACCCGGCUGGCGGGCGAGGACGGCGACGGCUGCUACGUGCAGCUCCCGCGCUCCCGGCCUGCGAUGGAGCUGUCCGCGCUGACGGCGCCCACUCCUCCCGGGCCAGCGUCCUGCCACCGGCCCACCCAGGCCAAACUGCUGGCCAAGAAGCGCGUGGUGCGGAUGCUGCUGGUGAUCGUCGUGCUUUUCUUCCUGUGCUGGCUGCCCGUGUACAGCGCCAACACGUGGAAGGCCUUCGAUGGCCCCGGGGCGCGCCGGGCCCUGUCGGGCGCGCCCAUCUCCUUCAUCCACCUGCUGAGCUACGUCUCGGCCUGUGUCAACCCCCUGGUCUACUGCUUCAUGCACCGCCGCUUCCGCCAGGCCUGCCUCGACACGUGUGCCCGGUGCUGCCCGCGGCCUCCGCGAGCUCGCCCCAGGCCUCUCCCGGACGAGGACCCUCCCACACCCUCCAUCGUGUCCCUGUCCAGGCUGAGCUACACAACUGUCAGCACGCUGGGGCCUGGCUGA